AUGAGGGCAUCAUCUCAACUGCUUGUGGUUAGGAUUCAUCCCCCUCAAGUUCUUGUUGUUCCAGAUUUCCUUCUUGCAGUUGGUGAGUUUUUUGUCCCAGCUUUGGGAGCCAUAAAUGGAAAAGAGGAAGUCAUGCAAUGGAUAUUACAGGCUCACACUGUGCUAGAAAUGAACUAUACUGACAAGCAACUGACAGCAACUGUUGUGUCUAAAGGGUUAAGACCUGGUCUUGCAGGGACAGAAUUAGGUGCACCACCAAGAUUACUAUCUCUGGUACAAAGAUGUUGGGAAGCUGACAUGCAUAAUAGGUCUUCAUUUGAUGACAUCAUCUCCAAACUUGAUCUCAACAUUGUUUUGCCAUGGUUGGAAGGAACUGGCCUUGUUGUACAUGAGAAAGCUCUUGGAAAGGUUUUUCAUGUUCAAUGCUUGCAUAUUCCUUCUCAUGAUCGAACACCAUUUGAAGUAUGGCACCCGUAUGGUGUUCUUGUUCUUCGUGGAUGCGUCGAAUUUGCAUUGUCGUGUUCUGGGCUUUGGCACCGAUCUCCAUUACCUUGUGGUGGUGUGCCUGAACCUAUGUGUCCAAACGGAUCACUCAUAGUACAAACAGAGGUAGUGCUCGAUCUGUGA